AUGACCAGUCAGCUGUUGCAAGUAAAUGCAGAUCGUAUUCGUAAUGUUUGUAUUAUUGCUCACGUUGAUCACGGUAAAACUUGCUUAGCAGAUUGUUUAUUAUCAUCAAAUGGAAUAAUAUCAGCUCGCCUUGCUGGAAAGAUGCGGUAUUUAGACAGUCGUGAGGAUGAACAGACAAGAGGGAUUACAAUGAAAAUGUCUGGAAUUUCAUUAGUUUAUGGAUCUUGUAUACUGAAUUUAGUCGACAGUCCAGGACAUGUUGAUUUUUCUGGUGAAGUUUCAUCAGCAUUUUUAUUGUCUGAUGUGGCAUUGUUGGUUAUUGAUGCAGUGGAAGGCGUGUGCUCUCAAACAGAAUAUCUCAUUCGCAAAGCUAUCGAAUUAAAUUUAGACACUGUAUUGGUUUUAAAUAAAAUCGAUAGAUUGGUUAUUGAAUUGAAGCUGAACCCAGCGGAGGCGUAUGCACAUUUAAGGCGGUUAUGUGAACAAGUAUGGGAAAUAGUCAAUAGCUGCAUCAGUAGCUUUAUAUCUGGGACGUUGGUGGAAGAAGUUGAUUGGAAGAACGUUGACUCAGCCGAGCAACAGCUGUACUUUUUUCCUGAAAAAGACAACGUGAUUUUUACAUCGGCUCUGCACGGGUAUGGUUUUACUCUAUCUGAUUUCGCGAAGUUAUGGGCAGAGAAGCUCAGUAUACCCGCUUCCCAAUUACAAGAAAGGCUGUUUUCUGACAGUUACGUCUCGAAAGGGGUGAUCAAAGAUGAUGCUGAGCGUUUGGGGAAAAAGACGUUGUUUGAACAACUAGUUCUGCAACCUUUGUGGGAUGUUCAUCGGUACGGGGUCAUUGAACCGGACAUUGAUAAAUUGAAGAUUUUCUAA